AUGACCCGAAGCGACGACGUCACGCCAACCCCGGCUCUGACAGGACGAUUACUAAGAGCGCUGGGGCUCCCUUCGUCUCCUCUUCUUCCUCGGCGCCAACGUCUGCAGCGGGGCCUACACCGCCGCGGCGUUUCCACUUCCGGCUGGACUGCCACCGAGACUACCGACAACGACACCGACACCCUCGACGCGAACGCGCUGGAGCUCAUCGCUUGGCCGUACUCUGCUGCGCCCGCCGCCCCCGCCAAAGACCCGUCAACGCCGAGAUCAUCGACGCCGACGACAAGCGAUUGCUGUUCUCCUAGUUGCGAUUGCGAGUACGACCCCUUUGGGACAACGACCCGGCGGCGGCAUUCUCCAUCAACGCCACUCGAGAGACCACAAGGCCACAGGCGAGCUAACUCUCUCGACUCAACGACCACCACUUCUUCAAACGAUUCUUCCUCUUCAUCCUUCUCAUCGGUAUCUUCGCGCUCCCGUUGGAAUCCGUUCUCUUCCACAACCGACGAAUUGGCCACCGUGAACCGACGAUUCAACGGCGUAGACGAUAAAAGGAGUAAAAAAUCGAGAGAAGUCUGGAGGGAAUAUUGGUGA